CCUGCUAAAAAGAAUGUGAGUGAAUGAUCCUGCAGCUCACCAAAGGGGAUCCACGGUGGCUUCCUGACGUCCGCUUCAAGGAAGUUUGCCGACUUACCGAUUGACUUUUUAUCCACUAGACUUGAGUCGUGAUGUCUGGCGAACACAGCGAGGGACAGGAGGCUAUGAACGUGUACUCCGUAACCCUCAGCGGCCCAGCGCCCUGGGGCUUCAGGCUGCAGGGUGGCAAGGACUUCAGCAUGCCCCUCACCGUGUCAAGGCUGAUUGCGGGUGGGAAGGCAGCUGAGGCUGGUGUCGGGGUGGGAGACUGGGUGGUGUCCAUCAGUGAGGCCAAUGCAGAAGAGAUGACCCAUGUGGAGGCACAAAACAAGAUCAGAGCAGCAACAGCCUCCCUCACCCUCACCCUCAGCAAGGCCGUGCCAGUACAAGGUGUACCUAAUAAAGUACGGCCUCCGGAUGGACAACCUGCCCUUUUUAUCCCCAACGACCGCAGCAAGAAGAGGCUGAUCCAGGACACCGAGGACUGGCAGCCCCGCACCGGCACCACUCAGUCCCGCUCCUUCCGCAUCCUGGCCCAGCUCACAGGCACCGACUUCAUGCAGGACCCAGAUGAUGAAAUCCUGAAGAGGUCCAGGGUUCUUGCAGAGCUGCAUCACUUCCAGCUCCACACUGUGGAGGGUGACACAUAUGGCUCCCAGCUCCUUGAGCCAACUCCCUCACCUGCCAAGGCCCAGGCAGCAGAUAAACCAGAUGGCUCCAAGACCGCAGCUGCAGCAGCACGCAGUUCAGGUCCUUCCUCUCGACCACCGUGGGUCACCGACCCCAAUUUCGCCGACCGCUUUCGCCCAGACAAGACCAGCACCGUCGUGACCCAGCACCAGCAGCCGGUGCAGCCGACGCCCAUGCAGAACCGCAGCUCCAUCAUGCAGGCGGCGCAGCAGGCGCCCGAAGACAGCGGGAGGACCCCGGUAUGCGGUGCCUGCAACAAAAUCAUAAGGGGUCGGUACCUGGUGGCGCUGGGGCGUUCUUGGCACCCGGAGGAGUUUACGUGUUCGCAGUGUAAGGUGGUCCUGGAAGAGGGAGGCUUCUUCGAGGAGAGAGGGUCCGUCUACUGUACCAAAUGCCACGAUAACCGAUACGCUCCGAACUGCUCCAAGUGCAAAAAGAAGAUCACAGGGGAGAUCAUGCACGCCCUGAAGAUGACCUACCAUGUUGAGUGUUUCAAGUGUGCAGCCUGCAAGACUGCCAUCAGGAACCAAGCCUUUUACAUGGAGGAGGGCGAACCCUACUGUGAGAAAGACUAUGAGAAGAUGUUUGGCACCAAAUGCCACGGCUGUGACUUUAAGAUUGAUGCCGGCGAUCGGUUUCUGGAGGCCUUGGGCUACAGCUGGCACGAUACGUGCUUCGUCUGUGCUCUCUGCCAAAUCAACCUGGAGGGGAAGACGUUCUACUCGAAGAAGGAUAAGCCCCUGUGCAAAGGCCAUGCCUUUGCUCCAGUGUGAGAGAGCGAGCUUCAUCUUCAGAGAAAGUAACCCUUCUCUCUCUCCUACCCUACUCCGCCCUCCGGCACACUCAAACACAUUCUACACCUCUUCUUUACCAACCACACACCUAGUCACACUCCGUCUAUUUUCUACCCUACAGACUUUGUUUUUCUAUAUUUGAGGCUCACUGGUAGCUUCACAUACUGUUACUUUACUGUGCUAAUAGGACAGUUCACAUGUGUUACUGCCUGUAAUACCAAAUGCUGUGUUGUUUAACUGGAAGUAGUCAAGGAAUUGUUUCAUGUCAUCACUAACUUGUUGACUUUUAAGUCAUUUUGUAGAUCACACAUUAAAAGGUGCAGCUGCAGCUCACCUAGAUUUAAUCGUAGUUGUUAGCGAGGAAUUCUCACGACUCUUACUAAUCUCAUCCUUGUUCAGUCUGAAGUGAGAUCAAGUCAGUAUCUUCCAAGUUGAAGGAGUCAUUUGGCUUUUAAUAAUCUCACAUAUUGCAGUAAUGAUCUGCCUCUACUCCUGUACUAAGUGUAGAGAAGUGGUGGCCCCAUUCAGGACCCUGGCCCACUCACUGACUCUUAUUGCAGAGCCUAUUAACGUAAUGGGGGUCCAUUCAAGCACAAAAGGGGGUGUCCUAUUUCUGCUUGACUGGACCCCUGCACCGCUCCACAGAAGCACUAACUGCAGUACGUGCUCCGAUUUACCGGAGCCAAAGGGAGAAGUAAAGUAGUUAAUAACUGUAAUUUUGAGUCAUGUAAUAAUCCUCUAUUGCUCCAAUUUUAAUAGUCACACUCUCACAUGUGGGUGACAAAAAGAAAGUGAUAUUCUUGUUUUAAAUGUUUCUCUCCCUCCCAGUCGUUUGGAACUAUCAUCAUUUAUUAGACAUUUUAAUUCGAAGAAAAAAAAAAAAAACCUCAGAGGUGAUUUUGUCCCUCAUGUUACUAUGAUAUUGUGAUUAUUCCUUAGAGUACUUUCAAGUCAUGGUUUAAUUUGUAUUUAUAUUGCUUCAGAAUGGGCCUGUAAGUGUUGUUUUUAUAGCUGUUGGAAGUUUCCAAAUAAAAUGAUUUAGUAAUGCCCAGCGCUGGGGCAGAAC